GCGCCUGCUCUACCAACUGAGCUAACCCGGCCAGAGUAUUCAUGUAUUUCUCCACGUGAUUUGUAUAUGCGAGACCGGAAGAGGUCUGUUAAAUAGUGGUGUCUUGUAAUCCCAUAUGAGAUGGGCCGAAUGUUUGGCAUGAUGACACAGAAAUAAAAUAAAACUAACUAACUAACUAACUAACUGUAUGGCAAACAAAUUGAAUACAUCCUGAAUCUUACAGUAACUCUUUUGCAUGAAACUAUACUGUAAGAAAAAUGACAUCUACUUUAUAACCUCUCAUCUUUGUCAUCUCACUUGCAAUUAUCUUCUAGCUUGUGGUGGGAGAUUGAAUCAGAAAGUUCAUCUACCCCAUCAUACUCAGUUGUAUAUGUCACAGGAAGCCAAGUGCUCCUUUUCUUGUACACCGCUGUGGGGACAAGGUAAAAUGUGUUUUAGCACCCUUGCACCAAAAACCGCAAGGGUUUCACAAACCCCUGAUAUCAUCGUCGUGUGCCCUGUUCUUACUUUUAUUCAGCCAGUCAGCGCCUUCAUGCCCUGUCUGCCUCUAAUCUGCAGAAGUGUGCCCCCCCCCCAGCAGGAUGUAAUUUUUUAGUAGUGAGGUAGCAGUAGCAGCCUGCUUUGAUGUCUUUAAAAUUAAAAGCAAUUGGAACAAUAGUGUUAGGUCAGGAAUCUCUCUUGUCUUUUUGAAAGCCUACACUAGUUUCCAUCUUCAGUAUGAAACAAUCCCCUCCGCAGUCAGCACACUUACAAAAUUCUCACAGUAGAAGAAGAAGAAAGAAGAAGAAAAAACUAAAACUCCUCCCUCCCACCCACACAGACAGUUUUUUUUGUGUGUCUAGCUCUGUCAUAUGUGCAGACAAACAGCAGAGACAGGAUCCGUCUGAGACGAAGAAGACCACCUCUCGCAUGAAACGAUGGAAAUGUGGCUGAAACGGUUGACUCUGCUGUUACUCACAGCCCUGGUGAUAUCUGGUCAAGUUUCUGUGAUUCUGGAUGAAACGCUAAAAGAAAAAGGAGAGACAGUUGCUAUUGGUUCCUCUGUGAUUUUCAAAUGCCGUUUGAAGAUUGAUACCAAUGGCAGAUUUUGGGUAAAAUGGUAUUUCAACCCAUCUGGAUCUUCAUUCAAUGAAACACACCUAUUCUGUAACGAAUCUGCAAAGCCCUCCACCGUGGUGUCUAACCAAACAAAGCAGGACCGGAGGGACGAAGAGCAAUGUUGCAUUAAAUCAAAUGUAACAGACAAGGACAGCGGAUGGUACUUUUGCGAAGUCACAAUAGAAAUUCCCACAUUAAUGUGUAAAAACAGCAGCGGAACAAAAUUAAUUAUUUGUAAGUAUUGUGUGUAACUGAUAAAGCCGGAAAACCUUUACUUUAAGUCCUCCUAUUUGACCUUUAGAAGCAGUAUACAAACAUUUCAUGAAUGGUUUAUAUUAUAAUAUAGUUUUUUUUUUUGUAUUUGUCAGAAAUCAUACUUUCUCCCAUGAAGAGAUGUUUUACAUUAUUACAACUGUAUUUUACUAUAUUUUUAUCCAUUAUCUGUUUUCACACCAGACUCUACUUAUUAGUACCUAUACUUAUCUGCUUACAACCACAUUUAAGAAGCUUAUAAAGCAUUUAUUAUGUAUAUGCUGCUUAUUAAUGCUUAAUAUAAAAGCUUAAUAUGAUGAAACAUUAUAUCAUGAAGGGAUUCAUUACAUAUUCUGGCUUGCUAAAUGAAAGUAUCAUUCUGUUUCCUCCGUGACAGCGCAGAGCAAGGAACAUACAACGCACCCGCCACUACCCCUAGUGACAGUCAAACAAGAUACUGUGUCCCCCAGAGACAACUUCUCGCUCAUCGACCACUGGAUGUGGAUCCUGUUGGGGGUAUCUGCUUUCAUCCUGAUUGUCCUGCUGGUCCUAUGUGUCUUGCUGAGAAGAAGACUCCGCAGAAGCAGAGUCUGACUGAGAGAACAAAAGAAGCAUGUAUAUCUGCCCAACUCGUGGCCGGUGGAUGCAAACUGAGAGAAGAUCCUAUCUAUGCAAACACACGUCCUGUGGCCAACAAACAGCCUUCACCUCGGCCGGCGAUGCCGGUGGGCAACCUGAAGACGGCUUCUUCCUCUCAAAACCUCCGGAACCCAAGUCCAGGCAGGCGAUACGACGAUGGCAAACAGAGAUACAAACAUUGAAGAAAUCAUGGACCUCACAACCCCUCCUCACAUUUAGCCACGGCCUUUACCUGUAGCCUAUUCACUGCAGUGCAGGUUAAAUGAACAAUCUUUUUAUUAUCAUAAUGAUUUCUGGUAUCAUGUGUUUUUAUGGUACUACAGACUGGUACAGAAGUGGAAAUGUGCACGUCUUCUUCUCAGAUAUUUGUUGUAAAAUAAAUGGCGAUUAUGAGCCACUAGGUGGCAGAUUGAGGCUAGCAAUGGGUACAUUCAAAAUGAUCUUUUAUCUUUUCUUUUGUUUGUAUUUCAACUCCUAAAAGUAUUAAUUAAUAAUGUUGCCAACAGCAGCCUUUGUACAGUACAUAAGCAAAAAGUGCUAUUGUAAAUUGCUAUUUCUAGUAUGACUUUCAUAUGGGAGUGUUAUGUUAAUGUUUUUUUUUAUCAACUGUGUGCUUAUUUUUAGAGCUUAUUAAAAUGUUAAAAUAUUAAGAUUCUGA